UCAAGCGCAUUUGUGAAGGCGGCCGUGGACGCAGACGGAGGGGCGCACAUAUGCUCUCACAGCGCAGGAUCUCUCUCUCUCUGAGGAUUAUUAUCGCUGCACAGGACCUUUGACUGCGCCUACUGGAGCGCUUACGCUCCCUCCUAUUGAUUGUGGAUAUAUAUAAUCGAAAGGAUUAAAAAAAAAGGGGGGAUUUACAAAGGGCAAAACAUCCAUAAUCAUGGAUGGGGUGAAGCUGUAUCUCCUCUGUGAGGUUGUCUUGCUGGGGCUCCUAUCGGUUACCUCCGGACUGUCGCCACCAACCAUUGUAUCGAACCAAGAUGAGUUUGUCCUGCAGCCUCACUCCGUAUUCAACAUAAGCUGUACCGGUAAAAGAAACGUUGUUUGGGCUGAGCCCCUACCGGACAACACAUUCGUCUACCCAGGGUACUACACGUCCACUCUCUUCAUUUACAACGCAUCUGUUGCACACACCGGAUAUUACAUCUGUAAAUAUGAAAUCCAAGAGGGAGGACCUGAGGAUGAGGAUGACAGUGAAACUGGAAUAUACGUCUUUGUGCCAGAUCCUCAGGCUCCAUUUGUUCCUGAGGACCCUGGCAACUUGGUUGUCCCUGUGUUCACGGACGGAGCCAUCAUCCCCUGCCGUGUCUCUGACCCACACUCCCAUGUCAUCCUGAGGAGUGUGUCCAGUGGAGAAGAGGUCCCUGCUCCCUAUGACAACAAAAUGGGCUUCUUCAGUCUCCUGUCCCAUGGGCAGUACCAGUGUGAAACCGUUGUGAAUGGCCAGACCGUCACAACGGUCACUUACACUGUGAAAAGUUUGGAGAUGGAGGACUUCCAUGUGGAGGUGAAAGCCAGCGAGGAGACUGUGAGAGCCGGUCAGCCUUUCAAAAUCACAUGUGUGGCUCCAGCUGGACCGGCCUUCCAGCAGCAGUGGCUCCAUCCUAGAAAACAGGCUAUGGAUGCAGUUCAGAUGAAGCAGACUUUGCCCGACCGAGUCAUCUAUACCCUCAGUAUCCCACACGCCACCUCUCAGGACACCGGCAUCUAUGAGUGCUCCGUCACCCAUGACAGCAGCGGGGAGAUCAGAGCCAACAGCGUGGCCAUCACUGUCUUCGAGGAGAACUCCUUUGUGACCCUGGACCACAGUGGGAUUGGAGCUGUGGAAUUUGUCAGUCUUUUGGAGGAGACAGAGUUCACGAUCCUCAUCGAUGCCUACCCUGCCCCCAAGGUGACAUGGCUGAAAGAUGGCAGCAGAAUUUCUGAGAGCUACUACUUUCUCACUAAAACGAGCCACCUUGAAGGGAAUCGGUAUCAAAGCAUACUGACACUGCGGCAGCCCUUAGAAAAAGACAGUGGGAAUUACACCAUUACAGCACUCAGUGGUUCACACAAUGCCCAGUUCUCCUUUACUCUCAAAGUGAAAGCCCCCACCACAGUGCUGUUCCCGCCAGCCUCAGCCCCUCUGCUACUGCCCCAGAGAGAGGAGAUGGUGGUGACCCUCCACACUCCUUUCACGCUGACCUGUCGGGGAGAAGCGGAGCUGUCCUGGGAAACACCGCUCUACCUGCCUGAGCAAACCCAGGAGGACAACAGCGGCCUGUUUGUCACCACCAUCACUGUGGACAAUGCCACUGCUGCGCACACUGGCUUCUACACCUGCUACUACAGCAGAGGAAACUCAACUGAGGACACGGAGGACAGCAGCAUCUACAUUUAUGUCCCAGAUGUAAAUGUUCCCUUUGUGCCCUCCAUGGUGCCCUUUGGCAAUCAUGUUCUGUCAAACCACGAGGAGAUGGAGAUCCAGUGCCGAGUGUCAGAUCCUAGUGCCAAUGUGACACUGGUGAACGCAGACACCCAGCAGCCUGUGCCUAGUGUCUAUGACAGCAAGAGGGGCGCUGUGGGGAUGUUCACUGCUGGAACCUACGUUUGCAAGGCCGUCAUCAACGGAGAAGAGCACUACAGUGAGGAAUACAUCGUCCAUGGUUGGGCAGGUGGCUCUGAGCUGCAUGUAGAGCUGACGGCUCAGCGGACUGCUCUGCUGGUCGGAGACACCAUCAUGGUCAACUGUGUGGCUCGGGGAUCUGAGAUUUUGGAAGACCAUUGGAAAUACCCAGGCAAAUUGGCUGAACGUGGCAUCAAAUCAGUGCGUGAGAAUAAGAGGGAUCAGGAAAUCCUCUACACCCUGACAAUUCCCCAGGCCUCAGCCAAAGACACCGGCAUCUAUGCUUGCUCCAUCACAGAUAUUAUCAGCAAUGAGAGCCAGACCAAGGAGCUUGCCGUUACAGUCUAUGAAAGUGCAUUUGUGUCCCUGUGGCCGGAGUUCAGCUCUCAGGAGUCAGCAGAGCUGGACGAGGUCAAGGAGUUCAGAGCUGACAUCGACUCCUUCCCCAAAGCUCGAGUCACUUGGCUCAAAGAUGGACUCCCCCUCAACGAUGUGACAGCAGAGAUCACUACCAGCCUCCGGCAGCUCAAUGAGACCAGGUACCAGAGUGUUCUCACCCUGAUCCGAGCCAAGGAGGAGGACAGUGGGAACUAUACCAUCAGGGUGGAAAAUGGAAACCAAAGUCACAGCCACAGCUUUAGCCUGCAGGUCAAAGUGCCUGCAGUCAUCGUCGAUCUGAUGGACCUCCACCAUGGCUCUGCCACAGGGCAGUCUGUGGUGUGCAUUGCUGGAGGUCAGCCCACGCCUGAGGUGGAGUGGUUCAUUUGCAAGAAUAUCAAACAUUGUGCCAACGAUUCGUCUCAGUGGGUGCCCCUCCCUGCCAACUCCACAGAGGUAACAGUGGACACGCACAUCGACCAGGACAAUCAUCUGGAGAGCCAGGUCAUGUUUGGUCAUCUGGAAAAUACACUGGCUGUACGCUGUCUGGCCAGGAAUGGCAUGGCUGCUGUCAGCAGGGAGGUCAAACUGGUGUCUAACGGCCCUCACCCAGAGCUGACUGUAGCUGCCGCUGUGCUGGUGCUCCUGGUCAUUGUCAUCAUCUCACUCAUUGUCUUGGUUGUUAUCUGGAAACAGAAACCACGGUAUGAGAUCCGCUGGAGGGUGAUCGAGUCUGUGAGCCCUGAUGGUCAUGAGUACAUCUACGUGGACCCCAUGCAGCUGCCAUAUGACUCCAGAUGGGAGUUCCCUCGUGACAGACUUGUGCUUGGCCGCAUCCUUGGCUCUGGAGCCUUUGGGAAGGUGGUAGAGGGUACAGCCUAUGGGCUCAGCCGCUCACAGCCUGUCAUGAAGGUGGCAGUGAAAAUGCUGAAACCCACUGCACGCUCCAGUGAGAAACAGGCUCUGAUGUCUGAGCUCAAGAUCAUGACUCAUCUUGGACCUCAUCUCAAUAUUGUUAACCUUUUGGGAGCAUGCACCAAGUCAGGCCCCAUUUACAUUAUCACUGAGUACUGUUUCUACGGAGACCUGGUCAACUACCUGCACAAGAACAGAGAGAACUUCCUCAGCCUGCACCCAGAAAAAAAUAAGAAAGACCUGGACAUCUUCGGCAUCAACCCUGCAGAUGAAAGCAGCAGGAGUUAUGUGAUCCUGUCUUUUGAAAGUAAAGGAGACUACAUGGAUAUGAAGCAGGCAGACAACACUCAGUAUGUGCCCAUGCUUGAGAUGAGUAAUACCUCAAAAUAUUCCGACAUCCAGCGGUCCAACUAUGACCACCCACCCUCCCAGAAAGGCUUGAGCGAUAAUGAGAUGGACAACCUGCUAUCUGAUGACAGCAACGAAGGCCUCAGCACCACUGAUCUGCUCAGCUUCACCUACCAGGUGGCUAGAGGCAUGGAGUUUCUGGCAUCCAAAAAUUGUGUGCAUCGGGACCUUGCUGCCAGAAAUGUCCUUCUUUCCCAAGGCAAGAUAGUGAAGAUUUGUGACUUUGGGCUGGCCAGAGACAUCAUGCAUGACAACAACUACGUCUCCAAAGGAAGCACCUUCCUGCCAGUGAAGUGGAUGGCACCGGAGAGUAUUUUUGAUAACCUGUACACCACUCUCAGUGAUGUCUGGUCCUAUGGCAUCCUCCUGUGGGAGAUAUUCUCUUUAGGUGGCACCCCAUACCCAGGCAUGGUCGUGGACUCAAGCUUCUACAACAAGAUCAAAAGUGGAUACAGGAUGGCCAAACCAGAGCAUGCACCUCAUGAUGUGUAUGAGAUGAUGAUGAAAUGCUGGAACAGCGAGCCAGAGAAGAGGCCAUCCUUCCUUGGUCUGAGUGAAACUGUUGCUUCUUUGUUGCCCUCCAGCUACAAGAGGUGUUAUGAGCGGGUGAACCAUGAGUUCCUGAAAAGCGACCACCCCGCAGUGACUCGGGUGUGCAUGGAGAACGACGACGCCUACAUCGGCAUCACCUAUAAGAACCAGGGCAAGCUGAAGGACAGGGAGAGUGGUUUCGACGAGCAGCGCCUGAGCUCAGACAGCGGCUACAUCAUCCCUCUCCCCGACCUGGACCCCAUAUCUGAUGAUGAAUAUGGAAAGAGGAACAGACACAGCUCUCAGACCUCUGAGGAGAGCGCCAUUGAGACCGGCUCCAGCAGCUCCACGCUGGCCAAGCGCGAGGGGGAGACUCUGGAGGACAUCACACUGCUGGACGAGAUGUGUCUGGACUCUAGUGACCUGGUAGAGGACAGCUUCCUGUGACAGCAACAACCGGUGGAGCUCACCGACGCAAGAAGGAGGGGCACACGGACAUGAGGAACUUGAUAAAAGACCUUUAAAUCAACCAAAAGACCCUCCUCACUCCCAGGCCCCCCUCCCGUCUUGCCUUUAACUCUUCUACACCUCCUCCUCAAUGGCCCUUUCAGAGGACAAAACAAAACCACUUCACUGUUUGGAUGAGUCUGUGGUGAUGUUAUGGUACGCCAGUGACUCCUCCCUGGACGCUGCCCCCUGUUGGGCAGGAGGGGUUUGUGAGCAUUAAUGAAAAUAGGACAUCAAGGACUCCCUGUCCAGAGUCUGUUUGGAACUCCUCAGUGCUGGACGGGACUGAAAACACAUGAAGAGAGCACAGAGGGAGACUGUCUUUCUAAUUUGCAGAGAGCAUUAUUCUACGUAGGGCAUUGCUAUAACAGCAAUAUAAGCAAGAAGGGACAGAGCACACAUGUUGGUCAGAGACUAUAAAUGAACACCACAGUAUCUCAUACAGCCAUAUUGAACCACUACAGAUACACUAUUUAAACUAGAUAAGUCCAAUACUAGCAACACGUUCGGUAGGAGACUGAUAAUCAAGAAAGUCUCACUUCACACUCACCUGAGAAGCACCUGAUGCUGGUACAAUCAGUAGCAAUACUUUGAUUUAAAAGCACAAAAUCUGGACUUUGUGUGUGUGUGUUUUUUUGUAUGUUGUCAGUCGCUAAAUAAGUGCAGUAAUUCAAAUUUAUUUUUUUACUUCAUCAUUAUGUAAACAUGUAUUAUUUGUGAAUAUUGAGUAGAGAUUGACCAUAGCUGUUGCAAUGGUGAGUACGAAUAUCAAACCAUAGCUUUUAAGUUGCAUGCAUCUCUGCACUUCCUUUCCUUGCCCCAAAUACAAUAUGUGUUCACUAAAUUUGUCCACCAAAUGACCUCAAUCAUAGCUUGUCUUAGGCAUUUGUUAAAGUGAAGUCCUAGUGUGAUUGUAAUGUAAAUAGUUGUAAAGUGGUUUAUAAGAGAGAAUUAUUGGGAUACAUUUCAAGUAUUUUAUAUUAGCACAUAUUAAGCGUCUGCACCCUCCUCUGUGAAGCUAAUGUUUCUGAUGCACGACAAAGUGAAUUCAAGCAGCUCUCCCACAAUCCAACUUACAUGAAACCUUGGCCAAAGUAGCAGUAACAGUGUAUAUUUUUUUGUGGAUUAGUACGUCACCCAAUAAAAAUGCCUCCGUCUGUAUUGAACAUAUGCCAUUGAUGAUAAUAAUCAUGGGUUUAGCCACUAAUAAACACAGGGAAGUUAAAGAUUGGAAUCAGAGAGAGUCCAUUAUGAACCAUCAUCUGACUUAUGUCUGUAAUUGUAUUCAUAACAUUUAUGAGUUUCAAAUACAAGAAUGACAAAAAUAUAUGUCAGUGUGGUAUUCAAAACAGUUUACUGCCCAAUUAGUGGAGACCAUCCUGUGUUUAUUUGUAUCCAGGGGUGUUAACUGUAUCUAACAGCAGUUUUUAAUCAUUUUGUUUCUAUCUAUAGACGGAGUCUAGUAGUAGGUUAUGCCAGCAAGACACUAGAUGGACUACGCCUUCAUGUUGCCCUGAUGCCGUACAUCAAUUGUGUGUAAACUAUUUGUAAUCCUUCAGUAUCCAGUAUCUUCCAGCUACUGUACCAGCUGUGCCACUGCCUCUUACUCACUCUUUCUGUCUCUACUGUUGACUGUGAUAUAAUCGCCGAGUAUAAACUGUUGCACUUUUCCUCUUUUUGGGGGGAGGGGGGUGGGUGAGGGAUCGGGGGUGUUGCAGAAAACUUAGCUUGGUUGAGCAAAGACGGUGUUAAUUUGGCUUUAGAUGACUCCCCGUCUAUGGCAGCGGGGAUGUGAAUGUUUUGGAGUGUAAUGAUGUAUUGUUGAUGGUACAGUAUCUGUAAUAAUAGGUAAUUACACCCAAUAUGCUGAAGUUAUCCUUAUGUUUCGGUAUGCAUUAUGUACAUUCAGAUGAUUUAUAUUUCAAUAAAUGAUUUAUAAUGUAA